GGAGAAUCUGUGAUAAAGUCCUCUAAGAGCGACCAUCUUUGUGGAAACAAACACUGCAAGCCACGACGAGAGGGAAGACAAUAUCCGGGGGGAAAAAUGGGCAAAUUACAGCUGGUGUAAGAUUUUAGGUUUGGUUAGGCAUCGCUGAGGCAACUAGUUGGGGUAAGCUUUGACAGUGUGGUUGAGCCGCAGUCUGUCAUCACUUCCACCUGCAGAACAUACAAACAGGGUUAUUGUUUGCGCUAUCAUCUAUUUGCAUCAGUGUCAGUGUUUAUGAUCAAAGUAGAGCAGGGCAUCAUUCAUCUCACUGUGUGAGGAAACAACAUCACCGCAGAAUGGUUAUGGGAAACAUAGCUCUAUAUGUUUUGCAUGGUUAUAUCUUCAUGGCUGCUGUUGGCUUGUUCUGUGUUCCCAUCCAGUGUUUGAGAGGUAAUGUCGAAGGGGAAACUCCUGCAGACAGUGCAGGGCUGCGCAAGAAUGAUAGUUCAUCAAACUGCACAAAAGACUUUCAGGUGUCUGUCAACAGCACUGGAUCCAAUGUAAAGGAGGGUGAUGACAUCACUCUAACAUGUGUACAUAACCUUCUUAAUUUGACUGUGUCGUUUAAAUGGAAGAAGAAUGGGAAGGAAAUCCUUGAAGGUCAAAAUGGCAGCAAGCUUGUUCUCAAAACAGUGAAUAAACAAGGGCAAUACACGUGCUGUGUGAUUAGCCUCUGUGGCACUUAUGAGUCUUCACCACACGAUGUCACUGUAAAUGACCACUCCCCAUUGCUCCUGGUGAUCUGUGGUGUUUCUGCCUUGGUCCUGGUUGUGAUCAUGGGGCUGGCUAUGAAGUUCAAGCUGAAAAGAGACAAUGCUAAACACAGAGAGAGGAUGAGACAGAGGACAGCGGUUGGGCAGAGUGGCUGUCCAGCUCCAAUCACACCAAGACAGUCCUAAAUAAGAGCCACUCUAUUACAUUCAGAUAUACACACUUGCAUACACAUACACACACACACACGUUUGCUGUUGUGAUAUCAAAAUAAAACCUCUUUAUUACCUGUCUUUGAGGCUAAUUGUGUGUGAUCUGGUGGGGUUACAAGCUUAUGCACCAGGGUGGAUCCAUUGUUCAACCCAGCAUUCGGGUUAACCACACCCACUGAGCAGAAAGCUUGUUCAGUUGAAGAAAAGACCCUAGAAAUGUUUUAAUCCAGACACACGACAGACAUGCUCAAACUAAUCCCACUGAAUGCUCUGCUCACAGGAACACACACUACAGACAGCCCACACAGAGCAGCCUGAUAGCGACCGGCAUGUAAUGGAUAUAUGGGAUGUUACUGCUACCCUCUCCAAGAGAGACGUGGUCAUGGUGUUUGAAAGUUGAUUUAUGAUCACAGAAAUAAUAAAUUCCCUGCUUCAACAAC